AUGGCAAACACUGCGAAAAGAAAGGUGAACACUUGCCCUCCAUCUUUAACAUAUGUUCUUUUUACAGAGACUGGAAAACUGGGCUUCAUAGUACGAGAGAAUCUGGUUGUUGAAGUGCAAAUUCACGUGAUUUCUGAUGUGAAAGAGUUCUCCUCAAAAAUGUCUGAUGCAUAG